AUGCCUGCCAUUGUGAACCUGCUCUUCAACACUGUCAACACCAACACCACCAUCUCCUUCUCUUUGGUGCUGCCGCUGGUCAGCAUCCUCUCCCUGCUGGUGGGGGUCGGAGGUCACCUGCUCAUGUGGUUGGUUUUGAUGCGUAAUCCACGGCGACGCUCAAAGCCUAGCUCGGUUCUCCUGUUAAACCUGAGUUUUGCUGAUCUUUGUGCUUUGCUCACCCUGCCGUGUGUGUUACUAAGCGCUAGCUCUCAGAACUGGCAGCUGGGUGGAGGCGUUUGUGUGCUGUUGAGCUUCAUGACCUCACUGACUGCCGGGGUGGACAUCUUCAGUCUGGCUGCGCUCUCUGUGUUGCGUUAUCGGAUAGUGGCUCCCUCAACACGCCCCCCCGCCACCCCUGCACAGGUAGCUGGAACGGUUGCUGUCAUCUGGCUGGUUUCCAUCGCCAUGGCCCUUCCUAAGGUCACGUACAUCCAGUUUGACAGUGGUUGCACUUGGUCGGUUGGGCGUGGUCAUUGGUUGGGGUUCCUUGUUCCUGCAUUCCUGGUGUACUAUGUGGCUCCUCUACUCUGCAUUGCCCUUCACUGCGGGCUCAUCAUCACCCACCUGUACCGCUGCCGGGGCACUCUGGCUGCCGACCACCGCAAUAAAAAAGCCACUGCCCUUCUCAUUGGCUCCACACUGGUGUUUGCCAUCAGCUGGCUGCCUUAUUACGUGCUGGAGUUUGUCAAUGUCUUAUCGCCAUCCCUUAAUUCUGUAAGUUCACCCGUCAGUUGGCCCGUAAGCCCAACCCCCAGUUCCCCCGCCCCAUCCACGUCAAGUACGGAGGUGUCGCUCCUGUGGGAGGUGACCUCGCUGUCUGCCAUUCUCCUGAUUUGUCUGGCACCUUGCUGGAACCCACCACUCUACUUCCUGCUGUCUAAGCCAGCCCUGCGGCAACUGAGAGCGCUGUUACCAAUCAUGCACAAACGCUGGAGAGUUGCUACCCUCCUACAGCAAAUAGUGCCAAAACACGCUCCCACACAACCCCACUCACAGCCUGGGUCUCAACACACUCCUCACAUACUACCAGCAACACAACCACAAUGA